AUGUCAGCUCCAACGAUUGAUCUCACAGCGCCCAAUGGGACGAAGAUCGCUCUUCCUACCGGCCUUUACAUCAACAACGAGUUCGUAAAGUCGACUUCUGGCUCCAAGAUCACUGCCAUCAACCCCAGUGAUGAGUCGGAAAUUGCAUCAGUAGAGGCAGCCUCUGCAGAGGACGUAGACAAGGCUGUCAAAGCCGCCCGCGCCGCCCUCACCGGUCCUGGCUGGGGCGACAUCUCCAACACGGAAAGAGGACAGCUCAUUUUCAAGCUGGCCGAUCUUGUUGAAGCUAACCAGGAAACCAUUGCCACUCUUGAGACAUGGAACGGCGGAAAGCCCUACAGCGUAGCAGUUGGUGAGGAUCUUGCCGAAACAAUUGCCACCCUCCGCUAUUACGCCGGAUGGGCCGACAAGAUUCACGGCGAGACCAUCCCAACCACACCACAGAAGUUUGCAUACACGAUCAAACAGCCCAUCGGAGUGUGUGGUCAGAUUAUCCCAUGGAACUAUCCUGUCAUGAUGGCUGCAUGUAAGCUCUCGGAAGACCCCUCUACUUGGAAACUUGGUCCUGCAUUGGCAUGCGGAAACACGGUCGUCUUGAAACCUGCAGAACAGACCCCUCUUUCCAUCUUGUACUUUGCGACGUUGAUCAAAGAGGCCGGUUUCCCUCCCGGAGUAAUCAACAUUGUCAACGGAUAUGGAAGAGAGGCGGGCAAUGCCCUCGUCUCCCAUGAGGAUGUCGAUAAGAUUGCCUUUACUGGCUCAACAGCGACAGGUCGGCAGAUCAUGAAGGGUGCCAGUGUCAACCUCAAAAACAUUACCCUGGAGACCGGUGGCAAGUCCCCUCUGGUGGUGUUCAAGGAUGCUGACCUGGACCAAGCCGCCAAAUGGGGCCAUGUUGGAAUCAUGAGCAACCAAGGUCAGAUUUGCACGUCAACCUCCAGAAUCCUGGUGCAGGAAGAGGUUUACCAGGAGUACGUGGACCGCUUUACAAAGAUUUGCCUUGAAAAUAAGGUCGGCAACCCCUUUGACGACGACACUUUCCAGGGACCUCAAAUCACCAAGGCCCAAUAUGACAAGAUCCUGGGAUACAUCCAGUCUGGAAAGGAUGAAGGAGCCAAGCUCAUCACCGGCGGAGCUCCGGUCAAGAAUGUCGGCGACGGAAAGGGCUUCUUUAUUGAACCUACCGUCUUUUCUGACGUAAAGAAAGACAUGAAGAUCUUCCAAGAGGAAGUCUUUGGUCCGUUUGUUGCAAUUACUCCCUUCAAGACGGAAGAAGAGGCCAUCAACUUGGCUAACAACACGUCGUAUGGCCUUGGAGCUGCGCUGUUUACGCGUGAUAUCGAGAGGGGUCAUCGCGUUGCGGCUCGUUUGGAGGCUGGCAUGGUUUGGAUCAACAGCUCCAACGAUUCUGAUAUCCGCGUUCCAUUUGGCGGUGUCAAGCAGAGCGGUAUCGGCCGUGAGCUGGGAGAAGCAGGCCUCGCCGCGUAUUCCCAAACUAAAGCUGUGCAUCUCAACAUGGGUAUGAUGUUGUAA